AUGAAGGUGAUCUUCCCUCUAGUGAAGAUUUCAAAAUACACUUUACAGAAGAAAUUGAAUGAAAUGGAUCAAAAGCUACAAUUGCACAUAAUGGCAAAGGAGGAACAUCAUAAGAAACUGAAUGAAGUUGAGAAAUGCUAUGCUACUAUCACAUGUCAAUUUGGAAUGAUAAAAGGGGCUCAUGAGAAAUUAGAGCAAAAUGUGCUGGAAGCACUACAACUUAAUAAGAAACUGGCAUCAGUGAAUAAAAGAAGAGAGUCUGAAAUAGAUAAUCUAAAGGAGGAACUGAGAAAGUAACUACAGACCGUGAUAAGGUCCAAGGUCACAUGUCAGUACAGGGUGGGAGAAGAAAACAUCAAUCUUACAGCAAAGGAACAGCAGUUACAAGAACUACAACAAAAAAUCAGAAUGGAAACAGAGAUUAAUAAAAAGCUCAGUGAAGAAAAUGCACACAUUAAGGAAGAGAAACAGGUGAGUGAUUAUUCUCUACAACAUAUGCAGCAGCUGUUUCAGCGACUGACCCAAACAAAUCUCAGAAUGGAAAGUGAAUUGAAUGCACUGAAAGAAGAAUAUCAGACCCUUGAAAGAGAUAAUGAGCUGCAAAGGGAGAAGGCAAAAGAAAAUGAAGAAAAGUUCCUUAAUCUUCAGAAUGAGCAUGAGAAAGCACUAAGAACUUGGAAAAAGGAUACUAGUCCAAAAGAAAAUGCAUAUACACAAUCUACAAUCAAAAACGAUAGUAUUUCUGAUCCUGGACAGGAAGAUGACAUUGAAGUAAAGAAUAUUGUAGGCUGCUCUUCAGACAUUGAUAAAGUACAGACCGAACAAAGUAAUGGAAGUGGAUGCACAGAAGAGACAAAUAACAUUAUUGCCAAAGAUUUACAACUUAUUGAAAAUUAUAAGGAUGAAGUUAACAUUGCUAGCCACUGUGAAGAAAAGCAAAGGGAGGCUUCUCCAGGCAAACCCCCCUCCACAGAUAUUGAUUUAAUUACUCAAGGACAGACCUCGGAAGUAUGUGUUGCUGAGUGCAAAAAGACAGCAAAUAUAGGAAAAACAGACAAAACGUUCUUGGAGAAAAACAAUGCAAGUGCAGAACUAAAGCCACAGGACAGAUCUUGUGCAUUGGCAAAACUCCCAGAGAACACAAGAAAGAUGCUCCUUGACAAUACUGAAGAAUUGGGUGUUUGCAGUAUGGAUGCAGGUCGACAGACAGACUCCAGCAAGAAUAUAUUUGGCAAUGCUUCAAAUGAAUUAGUUUAUAAUACAAAUGAUAAGGCAGAUGCCACACAGGAUGACAAAGGUGUCUUUAUAAAUGAAGCACCAAGUGAAGAAUCCAGACAGGUUAUUGGCAUAGAAGACAGUCCUGUAACUGAGAGAACUGCAGACAACCAUCAAACCAUGGCUGAUUUUAAUUUUGCCAUCCUGUCUCAGGUUACAGAAAGUAAUCAUACAAAGUUUCAGAAACGUCACUUACAGGACUCCAAUGACAUUUAUUUAGAUAAUGAACAAGACAAAACAGAACCACUUCAUCUGUUAAAUCGAAGCACCAGUGGCAUAUCCUCAGAUAUAUUUCAAUUUAAACAGAUUCAUACAGAUAUUCAAGAGAAACACAAUACUGACACUGCAAGCACAACUAAGGGGAACCGUGCACUGAACAGUACUUGUGAUACAGCAAGUGAUGCUCCAGUUCUGCCUACUACUUUAUGUGAUAAUGUAAGCAUGAACACGGACAAUACAAAAGAAAACAACACUAAUACAUCUCUGUUAGAGAAUUUCAAUGUAAGUACUGAAAAAACAGAUACAUGGACAAAUCUGAAUGAUAUGCACAGCAAUCAAAGUGAGGAAGACAUUUCUGGACAGACAGAAACUGAUACAAAUACAUAUGCAUGCACAGAUGUUGUUUUGCCUCUGAAUACUGAAAAUAUAUGUGAUUCUCAGACUAUUAUUCAUAAACAAAUGGUUAUAAACAAAAUUACCACCGAUAAAGAAAUGUCCUGGGAAAAAGUUCAUGCAAAUGAUUUUCAGAUACCCAAAAUGAAGGAUGGACAAUCCCUUGUGAUUAAUGAUAAUGCACUAGAGAAUACAUUGUUAAGAGCAAAGAAAGAGUCAUUAAAUAGUACAGUUCCAGGAGAGAAAAUUGCUGAAGGUCGCCUGGAAGAAUCAUGUUCUUUACUCAUAAGGACAUCUGGAGAUUUAGUAAACAGAAGUGGAAGGUCAUCCUUUGAUCUUUCAACUUCAGAUAAAAAAACUGAGAAAACGCCAGUAUACUUAAGUUUUUCAGAUCUCAGUCCUUGGCUGAGAGUAAAUCAAGUUGAAAGUCAAACAGCGUGGGCUUCAACUUCCGAAGAGCCUUUCCAUUUGAAAGAGAAACUACUAUGUAUAACAGAAAACAAAAAGAUUCUUUCAAAAGCACAGUGUCAAAAUCUGAGCAUAAACGCUGUCAUGAAAGAAACAGAACUAGAUUCUACCAGUAUUAACAGAGUUGCUGACACUUUGAAUACCUCAAGUAUCCACGAGGUCUCAUAGAGACCCAGUGAAGAAUGGAAUGCAAUAGCAAAGACUUUUUAUGAUUCUUCUUUUCCCUCAGAACAUGAAAUGAUUACUGAGAAGAUGGUGGGCAGUCAGCUGGAUCCUAUUGGUCUGGUUUCAGGCCUGGUCAAAGCAGGAAUUACUGUAUCAUGCCACCAGCAGCAGCUUUCCCAUCUGGCUUCCAAUGCAGAUACACCAAUCUCAAGUGAAAAUUUACUCAGCAAGGAAGAGCAGAAUUGUGAUUCUCAUAACUUCUUUAUAAAAAACCAAAUCAGUGACACUGAAAAGUUUUUGGAUUUAGAAAGGCUCCACCGGUCUAGAAAAAGGAAGUAUGAAGAAAGUCUAGAAAAAGCUGCAGGAGAUAAAACAGAAAAAUAAUUCACUCUCUGAAUAUCCAUAUCAUAGAAAGAUUUGUAGAAAUCUUCCACUGGAAGUAAAGAGGUGCAUAUUUUAUUUUGUGAGUAACUCUGCAUUACAAACUCGCCAAUGAUUCCCCCCCACCCCAGUAUUUUGAUGUAAUUGUAUUAAAAGAAUAUAGAUUCUCUACAUUUCUGCAAUUAAAGUCCUUUCAAGUUGUUACAAAAUUUGUUAGAAGUUAAAAAUUUAAAACAAGUGUUAUAAGUAUAUGUCUGUUAAGUGUAAUUUGUGAUGUAUUUAACAACUGUACACCUCCUUCAGAUGUUGAAAAAUCUUAGCUUCAGGACUUCCUCGUUUCUCCGCCAGAAUGAGCACUAGGCACAACUAUCAAACAAAAGUGACAAAUGAUGUCUCAGAAUGGAAUGGUCCCUUCAAACCUUUAUGACUCUCUAACUGGCACAGGAAUAAGAAAGUCUGCUGUUUACAUGUAUCAGAUCUUAAAGAGGAGCUAAUUUUUUUUUUAAUAUUGUACUAAAUACAAAUAGACAAUGGAAUUUUAGAAUAAAUAUUUCCUCUUAAAGGCAAGUCAUCAAUGUAUUAUUUACAAGAUAAUAAAAGGUGGCAAUUUCAUAAAGAUUAAAUUUUUCUCUAUUCAGCUGAUAAUUCUCUUCUUUUCCAUUUCCACUCACUUUAGAAUUACUUGAAUCAUCGUCCUACUGCUUCUCUUCUCCCUCCCUCCCUCCCCCUCAA